GCUUAGGCCACACCGGCGCAGGCGCUCUGGCUUCGCGAGACGGAGGAGCGGGCGGCGCAGGUGCAGUGCUGCUGGUACCAGGGUGUCAUGGAAGGGCUGCUGACAAGAUGCAGAACACUGUCUGCCUUGGCUACCUGCAGCCGCCAGCACUCCAGAUAUGUUGUCCACAAGUGCCACCAUUGUGAACCAGGGAGAGGGCAGCGAUUGGCAUUGUCCCGCAUGUUCCAGCCUCAGAACCUUCGGGAAGAUCAGGUGCUUUCCCUGGAGGGCAGAGCUAGCGACUUGACCUGUAAGAGUCAGCGGCUGAUGCUUCAAGUGGGCCUGAUCCUCCCAGCAAGCCCUGGCUGUUACCACCUCAUGCCCUACACAGUCCGUGCCAUGGAGAAGCUUGUGAGGGUAAUAGACGAGGAGAUGCAGGCCAUCGGGGGGCAGAAAAUCAACAUGCCCAGCCUCAGCCCAGCUGAGCUGUGGCGAGCCACCGGCCGCUGGGACCUGAUGGGCAGAGAACUGCUGAGACUGAGAGACAGGCAUGACAAAGAGUACUGCUUGGGACCGACUCACGAGGAAGCAGUUACAGCCCUGGUGGCCUCCCAGAAGAAGCUGUCCUACAAGCAGCUUCCCUUACUGUUGUACCAGGUUACAAGGAAGUUUCGGGACGAGCCGAGGCCCCGUUUUGGUCUUCUCCGUGGCCGGGAGUUCUAUAUGAAGGACAUGUACACCUUUGACUCCUCCUCUGAGGCUGCCCAGGAGACCUAUGGCCUGGUGUGUGAUGCUUACUGUAGACUGUUUGACAGGCUGGGGUUGCGAUGGGUGAAAGCCCGGGCCGACGUGGGCAGCAUCGGGGGCACAAUGUCCCAUGAAUUCCAGCUACCAGUGGAUAUUGGAGAGGACCGCCUUGUAGUCUGUCCCAGCUGCCACUUCUCAGCCAACACAGAGAUACUAGACUUGUCACAAAAAAUCUGCCCUGACUGCCAGGGUCCACUGACAGAAACCAAAGGCAUUGAGGUGGGGCACACAUUCUACCUCGGUACCAAGUACUCCUCCAUUUUCAACGCCCAGUUUACUAACGCCCACGGGGAAUCUUCGCUGGCUGAAAUGGGGUGCUAUGGCCUGGGAGUCACUCGGAUCUUGGCUGCUGCCAUUGAGGCUCUCUCUACAGAGGACUGCAUCCGCUGGCCCAGCCUGCUGGCUCCUUACCAAGUCUGCCUCAUCCCCCCUAAGAAGGGCAGUAAGGAGGCGGCAGCCACAGAGGUUGUGGAACACUUAUACGAUGACAUCAUGGAGGCCGUGGCUCAGCUCCGAGGGGAGGUCCUGCUGGAUGACAGGACGCACCUGACCAUCGGAAACAGACUGAAGGACGCCAACAAGCUUGGCUACCCCUUCGUGAUCAUUGCCGGCAAGAGGGCCCUGGAGGACCCCGCAUACUUUGAGGUUCAGUGCCAGAACACCGGUGAGGUGGUCUUCCUCACCAAAGAGGGAGUCAUGGAACUACUGACUGGUGUGCAUGUCGUCUAAGUGCCCAAGCACACCCGUCCCCAGGCCUGGUGUGCACUGUGACACUGUAGUUCCCUGCACUUCUCUCUUGGUGGUCUCUAGAAGUGGCUUCUUGUGGAGGUGAGACUGUGUUAGGGAAGCCUGUGCUCCCUCCUUGCUUGGGAUGGUUUGUAUUUAGUCAUUAGCUCAGCCUCCGGGCUGCUCAUGCUACCAUGUGCUACCAUGGACUACCAUGGACACUUCUGUUAGGAGGACUGAAAGGUGAGAAAGCGAUCCGCAUCAUUCCCUGGAAAAACCGGGUUUCUGUUUGUAAGACGGGAAUGGUUGAAAGCUGGGGGCCACCACCCCUUAGUCUGACCAUGUGGGUGCACUUCAUUCAAUCCAGAGAGCAGGGCCCUUCUCCCCUGAGGAACCAAGAGCUCCAGAGAGUCAGGCACCUGCUGCUAACUCACCAAUGACCUGACAUACCUGCUCCCUCCUGGGGCUGGGGACUCCCAUUUGGACGUGGGAUAUGGAGUUAGGUCUGUAAGGUCCUUAGCGCUCUCGUGAGUGACUCCACUAGACACAUGGAUCUGGUUCCUUAUUCCUCUAAGCUUCCCAAAAACUUGUCGUCGUAACUGCCUGAUGGCCCAAAACUACCUCUGGAGAUUUGACCCUGCUGGGUUCACAUCAGCACUGAGAUCCUGUUGUACUGAUUGAAUAAAGUGAAGCCUUUGGGAUGA